ACAGACUUUUGCAUAAGCGCAUAACCAUAAGCAUAAGGAAAUUGACCAAUCAAUUUCCUUAUUCUUAUGGUUAAGCGCUUAUGCAAAAGUCUAUGCUCGAGCCUUAAUCCAUUCAUUCGAAAACGCCAAUAGAUUUCCAGACGCUCUAUGCGCCAAUGCGUGAAACGAAACGCACCUUUAAUAUAUAUAUGAGCGCGAGUAUUGUUGCAAGUUGCAGUUUGCAAUUUUAAGUAAUGUGGAAUUUUAUAUAAUGACAAGUCUGAAGAACUAAAUUUCAUACACAACAACGCAAUGUAUGGUUCUACUGAUCCUGGAUCUGGAAUAAAUCCAGAUGUUCAACAAUGGUUUUCUAUGGUGGAUAAAGAUGGAAGUGGACAAAUAACAGCUACAGAAUUGCAAUCAGCGUUAGCUAAUGGUCAAGGAGGUACUUUUUCUGACACAGCGUGCAAGUUAAUGAUUGGUAUGUUUGAUAAAGAAAAGAAUGGUACUAUAAAUGUAUCAGAAUUUCAAGCUCUUUAUAAUUAUAUAAAUGCUUGGCUUGGUGUUUUUCGUGGUUUUGAUCAUGAUAAUUCAGGCAGUAUACAAGAGAAUGAAUUAAGUGCAGCUCUAACACAAAUGGGUUACAGACUUAGUCCAGAGUUUAUUGAAUUUCUUAUAAAAAAAAGUGAUCUUCGUAAUCAUCAAUCUAUUACUGUUGAUCAGUUUAUAGUAUUGUGUGUUCAAAUACAGAGAUUUACAGAGGCAUUUAGAACAAGAGAUACAGAUCAAACUGGAACAAUCAUCAUCAGUUUUGAAGAUUUUUUGGGAGUAGCCCUUAGUUGUAGCAUUUAAUAUUUUUUAUUUUAACAAUGAAAACAAUUAAAUUAUCACUUGUACAUGCUUAAUGCAAA